AUGAGAUCCGAGAUGGAGGUUUCGAGCGAGUCAACACGUGUUGAGAGGGAUGUUACUGUUGGAAGUAACAAAGGGUGUCAGAUAGGAGAACUCGAGUGGGCGGGCUGGGGACGACCUACGUCGCGAGAGAACGUCCGCACUCAUCCCGUCGAACCUGGCCUCGAGGUCGUUCAACAACUUAUCAACCUGCGAGUACGAAGAAGGCAUUAGAUUUGAUCGAUUCUUGAAAGGAUGGAGGUACGAGUAUUUCCGCGCAUGACGUACAUAGCUCGUCAACUCCUGCGGGUUCGUCACCUGCGCCAUCUCGUCAUCGUUCAACGCCAGUCUAGCUGUGCCCACCCCGAGCCGAGGCGACUUGGGCAGACCCAACCCCAGCCCAACAUUAGACGUUGACCGUGGUGGCGAGUUGCUCCCCAAACGUUUGGCCGCUCCGCCAGCGCCGAGGGGAGGCGAAUGGGGUACGAACGCGCUGCGUGGACUGAUCGCUAACGUGUUCGUGUUCGUGUUGGGUGAUGUGGGGAGCGACGAGAAGAGUUGGGAAGAGGGGGAGGACUGUUGCGAUCGUGGGGAAGAGACGUUCAACGGCUUGAGUGACAUGGUCGGUUUCGUGGAGAGGCGUGUAGGGUUGCCGGAUUGCCGGAUGUUGAGAGCAGGCACGAACCGCGACGAGGUGGGAUCGCCGACUCGAGCGUUCCCGAGUGUGCGCUUAGGGACUAUAAAGUAA